AUCCAGUCUAGGGUCGAUAGCAAUUCUUUGAUCUUGUUUAUCUUUCCAACCCUCCUGACGCGCCACUUUCUCUACGCUCCUUCCCAGACCCACAAUCUCAGAUAUAGCCUGACGCAAACAAUGCACGCUAUCCAGCUGCAAUGAGUCGAUAUCUCACUCCUUCAAAAGUUGCCCUCCUGAGCCUUAUUUCUAUUUACACCGAAGGCGUGGUUCCGAAUUCGUCGGCUAUCCAUGUUCUCUCGUUUGUGGUUUCUUACCUGAGCCCCUUGGGUGCAGGAGAUGCGCCGUCAUCCUCGGACGGUUGGCCAGCACAGUAUUCAGUAUCCAUAGAGGAUCUAGAAAAAGCACUGAAAGUACACCCUUCUUCCAUACCGGGCAGAUCUAUAUGGGAUCUUUUCCUGCGGAAGAUAUGGUCAAUCGACUCAUGUGACGCGUUAGAGUUGUUCUUCACAGAGAUAUCCACUACCCUUGCAAAGACGCGUGAAGAACGAAUUCGAGAGAGGGAUGCCGGUCUCGCUCCGGAGUCUGGCUGCAUGCGCCUUGCCCGAUGCUCCCCUCUGGGCGCUUUUGUAAGGAGAGCUCAACUGGAGUUCACCAGGCUUCAAUUUCAUGAUUCGGUCAAGUUAUGGAAAGGUUUUGUCAAAUAUCGCCUUCCAACCUACCGAGCCUGGGCACGCAGAAACCCUUCCGACGAGCAGGUUCCUGUCGACAUCAAUCUCCUCGAGCUGGGUCUUGAUACGAGCAGUCAUCUUGCUCAGGUAGCAUACGGCAAUAUCGAAGACAAUGAAGAAGACGACUGCUACGUCAGUACGAAGGAAGUCGAGCGGCUCCUGGAGUUCCAGAUCGGCGAGUUGCAAAGAUUUGGCGGGCGAGUGCCAGAAGAAUUGAAGGCACAGCUGAAGCGCAUCAUUGCCUCCGGAGUGACACUGCCUGACCUGAUACAUUACCUAAGUCGGGAUAAGGGAACCUAUCAAUACGCGCUUCUAAAUCUCGCAAUACUGCAAGCGGAUUUCGGCUGUUAUGAAGAAGCUGUGUCCGCGAUGCAGGAAGCCGUCUCUAUUGCUAGAGAGUCCCAUGACAUGAACUGUCUGAAUUUCUGCAUGAGCUGGUUGUACCACUUCGGAAAAGCCUUUCCAGAGCUCAUCACAGAGGUUGAAAACACUGGCAUGCUGGGUAAUGAAAAAGAAGGGCUCUCUUUUCUCAAAGCCAAAGCGAAGGAAACGGAGAUGUGGGGAUUGCUAAGUACUACGCUCCUGAGCGAAGCAAAGCUUGAGCUACAGAACGUAUUGCAACCCUCCACGGGUUAUAUGUUUCGAGCUAACUUGGCAUUCACCUCAGGUAUUACUCACCUUGCCUGGCUGAGUAGUGAGACGUUCCGACAUUGCUACCGGAGCAGCGCGCCUUUUGAAGACCACCUGAAAAGCACCUUCCGGAGCUGCCAAUUAGCCGCUCACAUCAUCAAGCUAGCCCAGCAGGGUCGUUAUAACGAGGCUUCCGCCCAAAUGGCAGAUAUGAGCUUAGAACGAUUCCAAUCCCUGAAAACGGUAGAGCUUCCCAUCCUCAGCGACGACCGAGAAUCAGCAAGCCAGCUACUCUCUCAACUCCGAGCAAUCGACCUCCCUGACAGCGACCUCUCCUUCCUCCUCUCCUUCAUUACCGUCGAACACCUAAUUCGCCAAGCGGACUACGCACAAGCCCUCGAACUCAUCGAAAAAACAGCUCAGUCAAUUCACCAAGACAAUUUCGACAUCCAACCGCAGGUCAAACUCCUCUGCCUGAAGGCCCGCAUCUUCGAGAAAAUGGGCCAGCCCCAGCGUGGCUUCUCACUGGCCAUGCGAGCUGCAAGCAUUGCCUAUCGCUCGCGCCUGCUCCCGGGUCUAUGGGAAGCGAUCGUCGCACUAGGUGGUGUACUUUUGAGUCUAAAGGAAUUCGAGGCUGUUGCGAAGAUGGUUGAAAGCAUUAUGCCUCAGGUACUUGAAACGAGCGACUGUGAUCUUGCGGCAAGUGCGUACUCACUUCUCGUGGAUGCGAACAUGGGCAUUGCAGGGAGGCUUUGGAGUGAGGGUAAGGAUAACGGACCCGCAAAGAAGGAGUAUAUGAAUCGGGCGCUGGGGUAUCUGGACUCUGCGUACGAGCAGUAUGAGGAGAUUGAGGAUUUGAGGGGUCAGUGUGAGAUGAUGGCGAAAAAGGCAACAGUGAUGCAUCUUACGGGGGACUCGGUUCUCGCGAAUGAUUAUGCGGCGAAGUAUCUGGACCUGCGGAAGCAGAAGACCUCUAGUUGGAUCUAA